GCAGGAUGGCCGCCCCUGUAAGUGACAGCAGUCAGAGACCGCUGCAGAAUGCCAUGAGACUUGUAAAAUUGGCCAUUCAGCUGGAUACUGGCAACAGACACAAGGAGGCCUACUGUGAAUACUUGAGAAGUAUCAGCUACAUCUCUCAUGCUUUGCUUGAAGAUGCCACAUCUAAACAGAUGGAGUCGGUGGAAUUGGAGAAAAUGGUGAAACUAGUUGAGCAAUGUUUAGAGAGGAUUAAAUCAUGCAUCAUAAGAAAGCGAGAGUCCCCAACACCCGUCAUCUCCUCCACUCCUCUGUCCGCUUCCCAGCAGACCACCAUUCCUGUUAUUAAUGUGACAAAUCAUCCCAAAAUGACAGAAACACCUAAUGCAGCUGCAUUGGUUUCUGAGACCCAAAGUAGACAGCAGCCCACCAGACAUCGCAGAGUCCUCUCUGAGGGAGGGAAGACCGACUCCCCCUUCCUGCCACCUGAAGUCUUCCAGAAGCUUCAGUCAAUGGAAUCACAAGACAACCGAAAGGAAUUAACGCCUAUUGAAGAAGCAUCACGUCUCAACCAGAAACUUAAGGCUAAUUAUGAGGCUCGGCUGGCAAGACUUACCCCUGGUCAGGCCACACAAAAAACCUCAUUGACUCUCUCACUCCAGAGGCAGAUGAUGGAGAAUCUGAUAAUAGCCAAAGCCAGGCAAGAUGCACUUCAAAGAAAAAUGGAGGAAAGGAGACUCAGGCUGCAGGAAGAAGCCAACAGGAGGUUUGUGACCUGUGGGACCAUGACAGCUGAGGAACAAGAGCAGCGGGUUCUGUAUGCAAGUGUACUUGAAUAUGAGCAAGAUCAUGAAUGGCCAAAAAUUUGGAAAGCUAAUCUGAAAAAGAAUCCAAAUGAUCCAACGUUGGUUUCAGGUCUUAUCUCAUGUCUUCUCAGCUACCCAGACCACCCAGUCAUGAAGUUGCUGAAGAGGCUUCAGUAUCGGGUGUAUAACAGACUGUAUCCUAUAGUGAGCCAGUGUGUUCCUCUGAGCACAGCACCUGGUCACUCACUACCCUUAAAGCCCUCCCGCAGUGCCCAAAGCCUGCUCCUGUCCGACAGUCCAAUCUCUCCACAGCAGCAGCAGAGCCCGCUCAAAUCUGCUAUGACACACAGCUUAUCUGAUGCCUCCAUCUCUUUUUCCCCAUCCCACGACCUCAAUGCCAACAACACAAAGUCUGAGACAGACCCGGAUGAGUCCUCAACUGUGGUCUCUACAGAUAGGGAGAACUCUUUUGAGGAUCUAGAGAAGUUUCUUACUCAGCUGGACUGGGUUCCUUCUCACAGUGGUGAUGAUACAGACUCUGAUGUGACCUUCGACACAACACACAUAGACCCAGAGUCUCAUGUUCAUCAUCUUGAGGAUCGUGCUUUGAAGGAACAUUUGAAGGCCAUCAUCAAAGACAUCCACAUUUCUAUUGAUCGCCUGCUGUCUCUGUGUCUUCUGUCCUUUGAAUGUCUCAACACUGCAAAUUCUAAGGACCAAUGCGUGGCGAGUAUAGAGGAAGUCUUCUUCACCCCUAUUUGGUGCCCUCUGUCGGCACUUUUUAGGAAGGUGUAUCGAGAACGGGAGCUGGCUGUUGAGAGCAGCAUGCGUUUUCAUCGUAAUGUGUCACCUGGUGAUGUUGGUGUACCAUCCAAACUGUUCCCCAGAGACCCAGCUGUGCUGCACGGUUCCUACCCAUACGAGUCAGCGGUGCAGGAGCUGAAGCUUCUGUAUAGAGACUAUUGUCCUCAGAAGAAACUGGAGUGUAUAGUGAGAACUCUACGAAUCAUAUGUGGCUGUGCUGAAGAGUACUGCCUCCUGCAAGAAAAUGAUCCUCCACCCAAAUCAGCAGCAAUAGGUGCUGAUGACCUGUUGCCCAUCUUGGCGUUCGUGGCUUUACGCAGUGAAAUGCCUCAGCUGGUGUCUGAAUGUGCUGCAUUGGAAGAAUUCAUUCACGAGGGGUAUCUGAUCGGAGAGGAAGGGUACUGCCUGACAUCAAUGCAGAGCGCGCUGACCUACGUUGAGUCAUUGACCUUGGGUGGGGCUCCGCCCCUGACUGCCAAACCCACCUGACAUAGGGGCCUUAGCCUACGGAAAGAUCUCAUGGUGUUUUGACAGUCCUCAGGAGUUGGUGUAUCUCAUCUGCUUGGUCUGUUUAGUCCCAAAUCAGGCCAGACAUCAGUUCUGUUAAAAUCUUCCCCACCUACGGCUUUGAAGGGACUGGAGAAGGUUAUUCUCUGCGUUUGGGCACUACAGGGCAGGUUCAUCCGAAUGUGGUUUAAAAAAAAAAAGAGACUGAAUGGGAUGAAAUUAGCAAGAUGUUAGGAAAGGACUUGUGGAAAGUUUAGUUAAAAAAAUCUUUAUCAAUGUGUGUAUAUUCUAAUCCCAUUGAUUUAUUUUUUUUUCUUGUCCAAAUGUAUUUCCCAGAGAAUUUUACUAUGGAAAUGAAAGACUAAAGCACUACUAGCAUUUGUUAACCCUAUUUAUUAAACAAUAUAAAAAGUGACACUAAUUCAGAGUUUUUGUAUUAUUUUAGCUCAGAAUUUUAUCCAUUUUGAGCUUAACUAUAUAUGGAGAAAAAUUGUCGAAACAAGUUCUCUUAAAGGGAACUUAUAUACUCUAAGCUGCGCAUUUCUUUUGCAAGUAAAUAUACCACUAAGCAGAACAGGCAUCAUGGUAUUAAGCAGUAUGUGUUUUAUCUGUCUCUUUUUAAAUAUCUUAACUUUAUUUAAAUGCUUUUCACUCUAAUAGUCAAAGAAGUGAAAUCAAUGUGAAAAAAAAAAUUUUGGAUGUGCAAGAAAGAUUAAUGCUGCUGAACCAUCUGUCUUCAUUCUGACAUUGCUGAUGUUGAGGGGAUUGAAUAGAAAAUAGGCAUAAUAAAAUUGUGUGCGUGCAAAUGCAUAUAUAUAUAUAUAUAUAUAUAUAUGCGUUUUGUCUGAGCAGAAUGUUUGUUUUCUGUUUGUUGCUAAAGAUAUGUAAUGUGAAUUGAUGAAUGUAGCCUGAAUCUCUUUGCCUGGGAGACAGUGGCCAUGUAUUUUUUACAAAACCUUCCCAAGUUCUUCAUACCUGAUCAUUAGAAUUGGAUAAUGCACAUGGGCAUGGUUUGAAAGUGCGUGGCAUGUGAAUUUUCUAACAAUAAAGACAUAUGUAACCCUGU